GAGAGGGCGCAACUACAUCACUGCCCCUGCCUCUCCUCACAGCGUUGGUCGCCAUCCAUCCCCUCUCUUCCUGUACCAUAACAGAUGGUGGGAACAACAUUGCAUCCACCGGGUACCACAACAAUAGACUGCGGCUUCCAGUCCAGACAGCGCUGGCCUUGCAUCAUGCUCCUAGUGCAGGACCGCGUGAGGCUGUGAGUGCCGUCGUGAUUUAUUUCACGCGGUACCACCACCACGGCCACGGAGGAACCUUCUUGCGACUAUUUGGGCUCUCCAUCGAGUGGGGAAGAUGGCCGCUAUGAAAAUAUUAACCAGCACAGGGCUCUUCUUGGCGUUCUGUGCGCUGGGGCUGCUCGCGAUGGCGAUUUGCACCGAUUAUUGGUACGAGACCGACGCGAGGAGGCACCGGGAGAGGUGUAAGAACUAUGCGAACAAGCGAAACGACCCGGGUUACAUCUACAUCUCGAACCACAACCUCCCGCUCCAGAUGCCUCCAAAGAGCCUGGAGAGGAAAGGUAGCGGCCCAGAUGCUGGUGCGCUCGUCAGGGGCAAGCGGCACUUUCUGGCCGCAGCGUCGUCCAUGGAGUCUCAUUGCAGCCGGCAGUUCAACUCCACCAUCUCCGGGCUUUGGGGAAAGUGCCACCGGGAGGGAUUCGACCUGGAGACCGAGGACCUCAUAUACAAAGGCAUAAUUCAGAGAUGUACCCCAGUCAAGUACCACUACUCUUCUUCCAUCCUACCACGAAAUUUACCAGUCAACAUCACAAAAACCAUUAGACAGGAUGAGUGGCACGCACUGCAUCUAAGAAGAAUGACGGCUGGCUUUGUGGGAAUGGCCGUGUCCAUCAUCCUGUUUGGCUGGAUCAUUGGAGUGCUGGGAUGCUGCCAGCAGCAUGACCUCAUGCAAUAUGUAGCUGGGCUACUAUUUCUCAUGGGAGGGACAUGCUGCAUCAUCUCCCUGUGCACGUGUGUGGCAGGAAUCAACUUUGAGUUGUCCCGCUACCCCCGCUACAUGUACGGCCUCCCUGAGGACAUUAGCCAUGGCUAUGGCUGGUCCAUGUUCUGUGCCUGGGGCGGCCUCGGCCUCACGCUGCUGGCUGGUUUCCUCUGCACCUUGGCACCUUCCCUGAGCACGCCCGCUCGUACCACGACCCACAAGCCGAGGCAGGAGAACGGAACCGUGUGACAGGAGCGCUGGCGUCGUGAAGUGACUGACCCACUGAACGCACAAACUACACCCUUCCAACCUUGAUGUUUAACUCUAAGACAGUUUUGUCCCAUCACCGUCCUACACCACCUGCGACAUCUCCAUUCCCAUCAGUGUUCAGUGUGCCUGAAUUGUGACAGAAGGAACAAAGUAACAACAAACUUCACACACCUAAUGAUGAAAAUCCCAGAGGGGUCUCCAGGAACACCAAGAGUAACACCUAGAGUAACGUCUGACUGAGACUUGGCUCUCAUAGCACAAAUAAGACUUUUUUUCGGUUCUGAUUUUUUUCUUGCUGAUCUUAAGGUGACUGUUUUCUCUAAAGAGAAUUUGUCUUACAAUGGUGCUCUCUUAACUACAUAAAGCCACACACACUCCCUCACAUGACAUGACAUGACACACACACACACUCACUCUCACACACACACACACACACACACACACACACACACACACACACACACACACACACACACACACACACACACACACACACACACACACACACACACACACACACAUGCUCAGUUACUCUGAAUGAAUCAUGAGCUGAAUCCUCCAACGGGAACAGACACAAAACAUCAGGCAUCCUGUCAUCAUUCCUCUUUUAGUCAAGUGAUGUGUGCUGUGUUAUUGAUAAUAAUGAAAAAAAAUAUCCUGGCAUCAACUGCCCAUUGCUUAUCUUUAGUGUAGCACACUUACUGAUAUCAAACAUGAGCCAGAGGGGCAGAAUUCUGCAGCUUCUAAAAGGCACUAUCAGACCCAACUGAGUGGUCAGUACAAUAAAAUAUACCGUAAAUUUUCAACAAAGAGCAAAUAGUUUGAUGCUUCUAAAAAAAAUUCUAUAUGUACAAAUGCAUCUAUAUGUAGGUCCAGAUCAUUGUGUGAAGUAGAUUUUGAAUGUUUGUUUUCCGUUUGUUUAGAGUUAAUGAUGGCUGACUAACUGGAGAGGAUAGAACCAGGGGGUGGCACAGGGAGCAUGAAUUCGUUAUGGAUUCGUCUGCAUUAAAAUAUUUUACGGUAUCAAGUAAAACCGAGCGUGACAGGAACGAUGACGUGACAUCACAGUAACUGCUGAGCUGUGACUUUGUGCUGCUGUGCUGUUGCUGCUCUGACAGACCCAGUUGUUUGCUGACAGCUGACUCCUAAUCUGAUCCAAGCCGUGGAGCACGUAUUUGAUUACUCCACUGUUUACCCAUAAUAGGAAAUCCAACAAUAUACAGUACUGCACAAGCUGCAACUACAAUAAAUGCAAGAGCAGUGUGGCAAACCACACUAGUGGAAAGUCUAAUCCUGACUAAUCUAAACCAGCAAAACGAGCUAAAUAUGGAUUUAAAUCCAUGCAUAACUGACUAGAUUAUCCAGUAAUGUAUGUUUCAGUGUUGUUAUUUACAAUCUGUCAGUGUGUGAUACACUUAUAGUACAUCAACAAUAUUCAUGCAGAUUGAUUCAACUAGUUUGGCCUGUAUAAACACAAAUAACUGUAAGGAAUGGGAAACCGUGAGCUGUUCUGGAUCUGCUCCGUAUUCGCAGCCAAAAUGAAAUGAAAAAAUGUUUCUAUAUUUGAUUCUAUGAGCUCUGGUGUGUGGCAAUAUACACAGCAGUGCACUGUAAGUGUUAAGUGUGCGAUAGGUUGUUUACACUAAAUCACUGGUUACUUGUAUGAUUCAAAUGAUGAGUAAAAAUACCUCAAGAAUCUGAUGGUAAAAAGCACAAAGCUUCAUUUUGAGCGAGACCAACUGCAGACAAGAUGUGUUCCAAAUCUAUAGAGAAUUCUCAUGUUGGGUUUUAAGUGUGAUGCAUUCACAAUUUUAAAAAAAUGUUACAACAAUGUACAAUGUUUUAAAAUCAGUAAAAGUACAUUUAUAAUUUCCUGUUAACGGGCAUUAUUGGCCAUAAGUUCCUAUUUCUUUGCAUUUUUGCAAGCAACAUAUCAAAGUAUACAAAGAAAAGUAGCACAUUCUGGGGCAUUUGAUACACUGCGUUGUGUUCCACAGAAAGGGAUCUGGAAAUGUAGAGUAGCUAGUAGGACGUCCGAUGAUUUAGUGGAAGUAGAGAAAAAAAUCCUUUGGACAACAGCUGAUCAGUCAGUUUUGAUUUGAUUCAUUUCAGUAUUUUCAAGCUCACUACAAGUUCAUAAAUCAAGAAUAUUAUAGCCAUGUUUUCAUAACUGUUAAUUGCUGAUUUUCUGUCAGCUUUGUCAAAUAACCUUCUUGGGGAGAUAAAGAAAAAAAAAACACGAAAAACAAAAAGCGGUGUUAUAAUGUGUGUUGACAACACUGUGCGUGAUGUUCAGUCCUUUCACCAUCACCAGUGACUUCCUCAUCAGGCUCCCACGCUUCAGAAGUCAAAGACAUGAACUGAGGCAUGACUGGAAACUCUAUCUUCAGUGUGUUGUUGAAUCUUUGCACUUUGCUGGGUCUGUGAACCUGAAGUCUGACAUGUGGGACUUAUACAUAUGUUUGCAGGGUCACACAUGGGAGCAAAAGAUGACCAGAGCAUGUUCUCGGCACCCCAUUGUGUCUUUAAAGAAACGUUUGGGUUUUACCAUGUUGUGUGUUUUCGGGUCAGUCGGUCCAGGCUCUUAUUGUGAAAAUAUUUAUGCCAGAAACAAGGACAUACCAUAAAUAUAAAGACUUUUAUAUCUAUGGCCAUUACACUGACAGCUGAGUCGGCGUAUUUCCUGAUGUCCUAAAACUCACAGAAUGCAACUGUUUGGUGUUUUGGUUUUAUAAACUUUUAAUUUCACACCCAAACUGAUGCACAGUAAUACAAGUAUUACUGUACGCAGUAACUGUAAUGUAUAAGUACAUGGUGCAAGUAUAAUGUGUUGUUAGGACUGAAGCACAAUUGCACACUCUUCAAGUUUUUGUGUAUUAUAGAUUGGAAAAAAUAUUUUCCAGUACCGAUGUGGUACCGCUGCGGACGCGGAGGACUUUAUCGACCUGUAUUGCAAAGUACAAAUUCAGUCACAUAGUUACACCCCAUAUCUGAAGCACAUAAACAUGUAGAUUCUGACAUGGAUUGAAUUGAGUUUCAUCACAGAAGAACAGCAGCACACAGUAGCAAGAAGAAAAAAAAAAGAACUGCUCAAAAUAACGUUGAAUAAAUGAGACGCUGUAACGCUGGGUCAUAAAUUGUUGUAAAAUCCCUCUAAAGUGGCGACUUCCUGUGUUUCAUGCGGAACCCACACAUGUUCUCUGUGCAAUGAGAGUUGCCGUGUGAAAAUGCCGCCGUUUCGAGUGGCGCUCGUUUCAGUAGCACAGCUAUUAUUUUCUACAAGUCAUUUUUACUGGUUCAAUCCACUGCAAAUGUUACGUGGGGACUAAAAAGACAUGACAGUCUUGCAUGAUCUCAUUACAGAUAGUUUCUUUCAAUAUAUAAAAAAAUUGUGUCCAUUUUUAAUUAAUUUAUUUACUGAAAUAAAAUAUGUAAUUACUAA